AUGACCGAGCCGACCGACACUCGACGCCGCACGUUGCCUAAACCCGGCCUUUCGAGCCGUAUUCGUUCUCGCGUGUGCUUUUCCCGCAAAACAGAGAAAAUCAGCGAUCCGCAGUCGCGUAGCCAGUUCCCCAAACUGAGCUUCGAGUGGUGCUCUGAUUUUGAGGCAGGCUGCGAUGGUUUUGCUUCGAAGCUGGAUUUGUUAAAUUGA